CCGUCGGGAUGGAGGUGAGAAGACGGCCGUGACGCGCGCCCGCGCGGCCCCCUGCACCCCCAGCAGCCCACAGCGCUCCCUGCCCCCCUCCCCCGCGGCGGCUGGCCUUGCCCUCCAGUGACAGCGGCCUGGGGGGGCAGGGGGGGCGGGGGCGGCCGGACCAGCGAUGCCGGCGGGCAUGACGAAGCAUGGCUCACGCUCCACCAGCUCGCUGCCACCCGAGCCCAUGGAGAUCGUGCGCAGCAAGGCGUGCUCGAGGCGCGUCCGCCUCAACGUCGGUGGGCUGGCGCACGAGGUGCUCUGGCGCACCCUGGACCGCCUGCCCCGCACGCGGCUGGGCAAGCUGCGUGACUGCAACACGCACGACUCGCUGCUGGAGGUGUGCGACGACUACAGCCUCGACGACAAUGAGUACUUCUUCGACCGCCACCCGGGCGCCUUCACCUCCAUCCUCAACUUCUACCGCACCGGACGGCUGCACAUGAUGGAGGAGAUGUGCGCGCUCAGCUUCAGCCAAGAGCUCGACUACUGGGGCAUCGACGAAAUCUACCUAGAGUCCUGCUGCCAGGCCCGCUACCACCAGAAGAAGGAGCAGAUGAAUGAGGAGCUCAAGCGCGAGGCAGAAACCCUACGGGAGCGGGAGGGCGAGGAGUUCGAUAACACGUGCUGCGCAGAGAAGAGGAAAAAGCUCUGGGACUUACUGGAGAAGCCCAAUUCCUCUGUGGCCGCCAAGAUCCUCGCCAUAAUUUCCAUCAUGUUCAUCGUCCUCUCCACCAUUGCCCUGUCUCUCAACACACUGCCCGAGCUGCAGAGCCUUGACGAGUUCGGCCAGACCACCGACAACCCCCAGCUGGCCCACGUGGAGGCUGUGUGCAUCGCAUGGUUCACCAUGGAGUACCUGCUGCGGUUCCUCUCCUCCCCUAAAAAGUGGAAGUUCUUCAAGGGCCCGCUCAACGCCAUUGACUUGUUGGCCAUCCUGCCAUAUUAUGUCACCAUCUUCCUCACUGAAUCCAACAAGAGCGUGCUGCAGUUCCAGAAUGUCCGCCGCGUGGUCCAGAUCUUCCGCAUCAUGCGUAUUCUCCGCAUUCUUAAGCUCGCACGUCACUCCACUGGCCUCCAGUCCUUGGGCUUCACUCUGCGGAGGAGCUACAACGAGCUGGGCUUGCUCAUCCUCUUCCUUGCCAUGGGCAUCAUGAUCUUCUCCAGCCUUGUCUUCUUUGCCGAGAAGGAUGAGGAUGACACCAAGUUCAAAAGCAUCCCAGCCUCCUUCUGGUGGGCCACCAUCACCAUGACGACCGUUGGGUAUGGAGACAUCUACCCCAAGACUCUCCUGGGGAAGAUUGUGGGGGGUCUUUGCUGCAUUGCAGGGGUCCUGGUGAUUGCUCUUCCCAUCCCCAUCAUUGUCAAUAACUUCUCUGAGUUCUACAAGGAGCAGAAGAGGCAGGAGAAAGCAAUCAAGCGGAGAGAGGCUCUGGAGAGAGCCAAGAGAAAUGGCAGCAUCGUAUCCAUGAACAUGAAGGAUGCAUUCCCCCGGAGCAUCGAGGUGAUGGACAUUGUGGUUGAGAAAAGUGGAGAGAACAUGGGUCAGAAAGACAAAGUGCAAGAUAAUCACUUGUCUCCCAACAAAUGGAAAUGGACAAAGAGGACACUGUCCGAAACCAGCUCAAGUAAGUCCUUUGAAACCAAGGAGCAGGGAUCCCCUGAGAAGGCCAGAUCAUCUUCUAGUCCUCAGCACCUGAACGUCCAGCAGUUGGAAGACAUGUACAAUAAGAUGGCCAAGACACAAUCUCAACCCAUCCUCAAUACUAAGGAGCCAGCAACACAGAGCAAACCAAAGGAAGAACUUGAAAUGGAGAGUAUCCCCAGCCCCGUAGCCCCUCUGCCCACUCGUACAGAAGGGGUCAUUGACAUGCGAAGCAUGUCAAGCAUCGAUAGCUUCAUUAGCUGUGCCACAGACUUCCCUGAAGCCACCAGAUUCUCCCACAGCCCUUUGGCAUCACUCCCCAGCAAAACCGGAGGUGGCAUGGCCCCAGAGGUUGGCUGGCAGGGAGCUCUGGGUGCCACUGGUGGUAGGUUUGUGGAGGCCAACCCCGCCCCUGAUGCCAGCCAUCCCUCUGCUUUCUUCAUUGAGAGCCCCAAGAGUUCCAUGAAGACCACCAACCCCUUGAAGCUUCGAGCGCUUAAGGUCAACUUCAUGGAGGGGGAUCCCAGACCAUUAGUCCCCGUUCUGGGGAUGUACCAUGACCCUCUUAGGAACCGGGGGGGUGCUGCGGCAGCUGUUGCUGGGCUGGAGUGUGCCACACUCUUGGACAGGACUGUGCUGAGUCCAGAGUCCUCCAUCUACACCACAGCAAGUGCUAGGACACCCCCCCGGUCGCCAGAGAAACACACAGCAAUAGCGUUCAACUUUGAAGCAGGUAUCCACCAGUACAUUGAUGCGGACACGGAUGAUGAGGGGCAAGUGCUCUACAGUGUGGACUCCAGCCCCCCCAAGAGCCUCCAUGGGAACACUAGUCCCAAGUUCACUGUCGGGACAAGAUCAGAGAAGAACCACUUUGAAAGCUCCCCCUUACCCACCUCCCCUAAGUUCUUAAGGCAGAACUGUAUUUACUCUACAGAAGCAUUGACUGGAAAAACUCCCAGUGGUCAGGAAAAGUGCAAGCUUGAGAACCACAUCUCCCCCGAUGUCCGCGUGUUGCCGGGGGGAGGAGCCCAUGGAAGCACACGGGAUCAGAGCAUCUGAACCGCCUCCACAAGGAGGAGAGACUUGUGGCAGGGUCCAAAGAGGAGUGCUGUUCAGCUUACCUGGCGUGGAGCUUUUCUGCAUGACCUCUGAAACAGAAAGGCUUUGUAAAGCCCCCAGAAAGAAGAGAGACCAGAGAAAUCUCCCUUAAAACCUUGAGAGCCGUUAACGGGUCCAUCAGAGUGAAGUUGGCCAAGCCACAGGGUAUGGCGCCUCCUUGUAACAGCUCCAUGGCCCUCUUUGGAAGAUGACAAGAGCAGAACUCACAGCCACCACUACCACGUUCUAGACAUAACCAAGGCCACCUACUCCCCAUUCUUCUCUCGUGGCUUUUCCAUCACAGCCUCCGAGGGCGAGAUCGCCACCCCUCCUGGCUGCAGCUGGAGAAGGGUGUCGGAACAAGUGGCCGGUGUUAAGAGAGCGGGUUGACCAAUUUGGUUUUGGGUGUUGCCUGGCCACCUCUAGGAACUUCUGUCCAUCACCUGCUGGAUGGAUCCCACUGUUAGAAGGCUGCAGGGAAUGCUUGUGUCAUGGGGAAAACUGCACCAUAAGCCACGAUCCCAGCGCAAAACCCCUUCCUCAAAUGUCUUCAUUGACUUCAGUAUUCCGUAGUACCUGAGAUUUUAUUUGGAGAUUUCAUCAGGGUGAGUUGCACCACUUGUACUCAAUUCUAAUUGCCCCCUGGCAAUCCGGAAAGGGUUCAGAAGGAGGGCACUCAGCCAACAGUAUGAACUCUGAGCAUUGCUUUAGGGAUAUAGAAGGAAAGUGCUUUCUGUACAUCGCUAGUGUAGACUCAAAAGAUAUGCAAGUGUCAAAUAUGCAGAAGAAUAGCUUAUUCAAAGAGACUGUAUGUUACCGAAGAACAGAAUCAAAUCUGAUUUUUUUUUUUUUACCUGAAAAAAACGAAAGGAAAAAAAAAAAAAAAAAAUUGAAAUGCCCAAUUCAGACUUUUGAAUACUUCCUGCUGGGGCAGGGAAAGCAUUUACUAUAAUAGAAAUUCUUUUUUGUUUCCUGUGAUAUUCAAGUUUGAAAAAAAAAAAAAAGUUAAAAUAAAAAGCACUUUAUGUUUUUCAAAAAUAGGUUCUACCAGGGACAGUGUCAACAUCUUGCACUUUAAAACAAGCAUGAUUUCCCGUGGGCCACUUGUUGGGACUACAGUUGGGUUUUUUGCUCC